AUGAGAGGCACUCAAGAUCUCUUAGGAAGGUCAGUGAGGCAGACCUCAUGCCUAGGGGAGCCAGAAUUCAAAUAUGUUGGGAAUAUGCAUGGUAAUGAAGCUGUUGGAAGGGAGUUGCUCAUCUUCUUGGCUCAGUACUUGUGCAAUGAAUACCAGAAAGGAAAUGAAACUAUUAUCAACUUGAUCCACAGCACACGUAUCCAUAUCAUGCCAUCUCUGAAUCCAGACGGCUUUGAGAAGGCAGCAUCCCAGCCUGGUGAACUUAAAGACUGGUUUGUUGGUCGGAGUAACGCCCAGGGAAUAGAUCUAAACCGAAAUUUUCCAGAUCUCGAUAGGAUAGUGUAUGUUAAUGAGAAAGAAGGUGGCCCAAACAAUCACCUACUGACAAACAUGAAAAAAGCUGUAGACCAGAAUCCCAAGCUUGCUCCUGAAACAAAAGGUGUGAUUCACUGGAUUAUGGAUAUUCCCUUUGUGCUUUCUGCCAAUCUUCAUGGAGGAGACCUUGUUGCAAACUACCCUUAUGAUGAGACUCGGAGUGGCAGUGCUCACGAAUACAGCUCCUGCCCUGAUGAUGCUAUUUUUCAAAGCCUCGCUCGCAGUUAUUCUUCUUUUAACCCUGCUAUGUCUGAUGCGAGCAGACCACCAUGCCGUAAAAAUGAUGAUGACAGCAGCUUUGUGGAUGGAACAACAAAUGGUGGUGCAUGGUACAGUGUCCCAGGAGGAAUGCAGGAUUUCAAUUACCUCAGCAGCAACUGCUUUGAAAUAACAGUGGAGCUUAGUUGUGAAAAAUUCCCUCCUGAAGAAACUCUGAAGGGCUACUGGGAAGACAACAAGAACUCCCUUAUCAAUUACAUUGAGCAGAUUCAUCGAGGAGUGAAGGGGUUUGUUAAAGAUCUUCAGGGCAAUCCGAUAGCAAAUGCUACAAUCUCUGUGGAGGGAAUAAGCCAUGACAUUACAUCAGCCAAGGAUGGUGAUUACUGGAGGCUGCUCGUGCCUGGAAAUUACAAACUUACAGCUUCAGCACCAGGUUACUUAGCAAUAACUAAGAAAGUAGCUGUUCCCUUUAGCCCUGCGGUUGUGGUUGAUUUUGAACUGGAGUCAUUGUCUGAAAGAAAAGAAGAGGAGAAAGAAGAGUUGAUGGAAUGGUGGAAGAUGAUGUCAGAGACACUAAAUUUUUAAAUGAAGAUUUUGGCUUUACAGCUUUUAAUCUAUUACAUGUUGACUUAGUAUAUAAUGUACUGUGGAAAGUCCCUAUCUUUUAGAUAUUGUGCACAUCACAAUAAUUAACUUUGUUUUUAUCAGUCAUCUUUUGAUUAAUAUGAUUAAAAAUAACUACUAGACUCCUAGCUAGAUAAUUAAGUUAUUAAUUUUCUUUCAUAUUGUUUUAAAAAAUUUACUCUUACAUACAAUACAGAAAAAAUGAGUGAGUGUCUCUGCAGCCUAUACAGAAGUACAAUCUCUUGUGUAUCAUUUACAAGUUCAGAAUAUGUAAGUUAACUCUUGGUUUUAAAAAAGAAAUACGCUGUAGUCAGUUCCCAAUACUGCCAGAAAUAUGUGACAGUGCUUAGUAGUAGACAGUGCUCCUUACUGAAUUAUGUAAUGAAUGUUAUUGAAAAGAUUUAUAACAGUGUGGUGGUGUAAUAAUGUUUUACAAGAAUUAAAAUUCAGUAUAACAUUUUGUAUGUCUCUGGUGUUGGAGCCGUUUAGAUAUGUAAGAAACAUAAGCUUCUGACUUCAUGUUAGUAGUGGAAAGAAUCUGCAUAAGCUCUUUCAUUAAAGAUGGCAUGAAAUGAAUGCAGGGAAUAACAGGUCUUUAUUCCUUAAUCUGCUAAUGAUACUUCAAGGCUACAUUUUAGUUAUUUUUCACUACUUAUCAACCAAAUUAAAAAUUCUGAAUGGACGAAGAAGAAAAGCUUGUGCAUUUUGUUAAUGUUGCCUGUGUUCAUGUUUUGUUUGACAAAAAUAAUUGUUUCAGGUGAUGUCUGUUCUAACUAACUACUUUUUCAGCAAUCUUUAAACAUGUUAGUAUUGUCUAGGUAAGCAGCUGAGAGUUCAUACAUUCACUGAAAGCUACCAAAACUUCAUGGUUUAGAAAAUAAACUGGAAACAUACUGGGGACAGGCGUUUAGCCUCACAAGGCAAGAGUAAUUUUAUUUCAACUCUAUUUCUUCUACUGGUUAGUCUUAUCUAAAGCAAGAUAGAUAAGUGGAAAUUUCAUCAAUAUGGUGAAAUUUUACCAAAAUUUUUGAAGCUAAAAAAAAGCAAUUUUGAUUUAAAAAGAUCUUUCCUCCUCCCUUUUUUGUUUUUUUUGGAUUAGCUUUCUUUAGUAUUUUGUCUAACCCAAGAGCAACUUGCAAGAGUCAGAGAUACAUGUGAGCUGUCAAAUCUUCAGCAGGUGCAAGUUUGUUAUGAUUAUAUGAUUCUUUUGAAAUCACUGCAGAUGUGCUACUUUAUAGCAACUAAGCCUAUGUUUGAAAGCAUGCACUUUAUUACUGGUCUAUUUUAAUUCAUGAUCAGAUGUUCAAUAUUGACAGUGAUACUAAAAAAACAGAGGAAGGAAAUCUGUGUUUUAAUUGGUAUAUGAUUUUAGUUAAUGUUGUAGGAGUUCAGUACUAUUCAGAAUCAACCAACAAUGCACUAUCAUGCUCCCACCUUAAGUGAAAAAUCACGUGUGUAGGAGUAGGAUCCAUAUUUAUGUCCUUUGAGUAUUUAAACAUCCAC